AUGAAUAACAAUAAAUAGAAUCUCUUAGAGGUUCUAAGAAAGAAACGAUUAGAAUAAUAAAAUGAAUAAGUUCCUAAAACUCCACCUAUUUUAAAAUAAAAAACUAAAGAGGAUAUUCGAAAAUAUUUACUUUAGAAUCCAAAAACUAAUCUAAUAAGUCUCUUCAAAAAAAAGAGAGAUGAAGACAAUACACCUUGUACUCGUCAAAAAUUACUUAAAUUUUAUGAUAGUCAAGGUAGAAGUUCUAUUCUCUCUCCAAUUAGUGCUGCCAAUCAUGUUCCUUAAAAAAGUGUAUCAGAUGAAAGUACUAAUGCUCUAUAGGUAUUAUAAUGAUUAUAUAACUUAUAGAUUACUAUUCCUAAAAGAAUGUCACUUGUAUCUCCUAGAUUACAGCAUUUAAAUUCAUAGACAUCAAUAUUAGAAUCACCUAAUGAAAUUGAGAGUUUUAUUGUGGGUGGAUCUAAUGCAUCUAAAUUAGAUUUAGAUGAACAUUAUUUAAGGAUAGAAGAUGUUGAUAAUCCACGAAUAAUGCGAUCAUAAUCAUAAUGUUAAGAUGAGGCUUAGAUGCCAAUAAUACCAAAUACUUUAAGUGUUCCAAUGGGGAAAGGACCACGAAGAUUGCAAUCAUUUUCAGUAGGUGAUCCAUUUAGAAAUGUAAUAAAUGCAGCAGAGUAAAGAAGAUCUGUAAGAUUGAUGAGAGGAUUAAGUGGAAUCCAUUAACCAAAAGAAACAUAGAUAUUAGAGAGAUCUCGAGAUGAAGCAGGAAGAAAAAGAAUGAAUAACUUUGUAAUUUUACAUGAAUUGGGUAGAGGAGCCUUUGGAAAGGUGCGUUUAAUAUAUAAUGAAAUAGAUUAAUCAUAUUAUGCAAUGAAAAUAGCUGAUAAAAACAAAUUGAAACGUAAAUUGUUAACAAAAGAGACAUCUGCAUAUUCAUUAUUAGAAUAAGAAGUAGCAAUAUUAAAAAAAGUCGAUCAUUAAAAUGUAGUUAGAUUAGUGGAAGUUAUAGAUGAUCCAGAAGAAAGAAAAUUAUAUCUAAUAAUGGAACAUGUUAAAAAGGGAUCUAUUAAUUCAAAAUAGUAUUGGAAAUCUGAAGGUGUUCAUAUAGAUUGGGAUGAAGGAGAAAAACCACCUAAAAUAAGUAGUGAAAAAAUUAGGAAAUAUUUGAGACAUUUCUUACUUGGAUUAGAUUAUUGUAUAUAUACAUAAUUAACUAUUAAGUACAUAACUUUGCUAGAAUUGUACAUAGAGAUAUUAAACCAGAUAAUUUAUUGAUUGAUGAAUUUGAUAACUUAAAAAUUGCAGAUUUUGGUGUUGCAUAAAUGUAUGAUAGUUCAUCUGCUGAUUUGAUAUAAGGUGAUGUUGGAACCAAAGCAUUCUUACCACCAGAAGCUUUUAAGACUUCUUAAGUUAAAGGUAAACCAGCAGAUAUCUGGGCUGCUGGUAUUACAUUCUUUAUUCUUACAUAAGGAGAACAUCCUUUCCCAGCUAAAAAUGUUUAAUAACUUAAAGAAGCUGUUUCAAAUAAUGAAAUUAAAUUCUCUAAAGAUACUGAUCCAGAUUUAGCAGAUUUCUUAAAUUGUUGUCUUAAAAAAGAUUCAAGAUAGCGUCAUACACUUGAAUAACUAAUGGUAUAAUAUGAAUAUUUAAUUUAGGAUCAUCCAUUUAUUACAAUGAAUGGAGAAGAACCAUUGAUUGAACAAGAAUUUUCAGAUGAGAAUUUCUUCAUUUCUGAAAAUGAAUUAAGUAAGGCACUCUCCAAAGUAACUAUAAGAGCUACUGUAAGAGUAUUUGCAAAACUUAAACAGAAACUUAAUCAAUCUAGAUAGAGAAUUAAGAAAUAGUAAUGA